AUGCCCAAACGAAGUUUGCAGAUGUGGUACUCGACUGUACGCUGCCGCGUCACUACGAUCACUCCACUAUCCCCACCCGCAUCUCUUUCAUUCCAGCUACUCAAGACGACAAGAACUUUGAAGGUCAUAAACAAAAAAUAUAAGCAAAUGAGUAACAUGGUGGGUAUGAGAUACCCUGCCACACUCUCGCCGGGGCGUGGGGGUGGUGGCCGAGGCGGGGGUCGUGGUGGUGCCCGCGGGGGCUUCAAGGGUGGCAAGCAAGUUUUUGUCGAACCCCAUAGACAUGCGGGUGUUUUCGUAGCGCGUGGUAAGGAAGAUGCGCUUGUAACUAAAAACUUGGUGCCCGGUAGCGAAGUGUAUGGAGAAAAGAGAAUAUCUGUUGAGGAGAACGGUGAAAAGGUGGAAUACAGAGUGUGGAACCCGUUCCGUUCCAAAUUGGCUGCGGCCAUCAUGGGUGGAGUAGAUGGAAUACACAUAAUGCCGGGGAAGCGAGUGUUGUAUCUCGGGGCUGCUAGCGGAACUACAGUUAGUCAUGUAUCCGAUAUUGUUGGACCAGAAGGACUGGUGUACGCUGUGGAGUUUUCGCACAGAUCGGGAAGAGAUUUAAUAAAUGUAGCUAAAAAGAGAACUAAUAUUAUUCCAAUUAUCGAAGAUGCUAGACAUCCUCUUAAAUAUAGAAUGUUGGUCGGCAUGGUGGAUGUCAUAUUUGCUGAUGUAGCUCAGCCAGAUCAAGCAAGAAUCGUCAGUUUGAACGCACAGCAUUUCCUCAAGAAUGGCGGACAUUUUGUUAUUUCUAUUAAGGCAUCUUGCAUAGAUUCAACGGCACAACCUGAGGCAGUAUUCGCAGCAGAGGUGAAAAGAUUAGCAGCGGAAAAGUUAAAACCACAAGAACAACUAACUUUGGAGCCCUACGAGAGAGAUCAUGCUGUUGUUGUAGGCAUAUUUAGGGCUGCGAAAUAAAAUUUUAUAUAGUUUUAAUUUUUCUGUGACCUCCGUUGUUUGUGUCAGAUUGUUGAAAACAUUUAAAACUUGAUAUUGAGUAAGCAUACAAAUGCUUCCUAAUUUUUUUUACGAAUGUAAAAAUCACAAUCACGAGGCAGAAUUCGAACCUGCGUCUUUUGCCUUGGCGGGCUAAGACUUUUUCCCUUUAAAAAUUUCACAAUCUUUAUAAAAUGAUUAGCAUUUGUGCUAAAAAGUCCGCAUUGUAUAUUUUAAAUGAAAAAUACAAUACAUAAUAUGUAUAAUGAAUUCAGAAAGUCUAUUUUUUCAUGUACAGGUGACUGUUUUAUACAUGUGACCAAUUUAAGUUGUUAAGUGCCUAGAUAUGUUAGUAUAAGUUAGGUUAAGUUCUGAUGAAGAAUAUAUGAUAAGAAUGA